AUGUCUGUCAAGGAAGUUAGCAAUGACAUUAAAAAACCCGAUGCAAUCUUGGGUAUUCGGCAUCUUCAAACUGCAAUGUUAUUCCUGGCAAUGGUGUUGGCAUAUGGAAUGCGAGUCAACAUUAGCAUGGCCAUCGUUGCUAUGACCGACAAGGACAACGAGGAUUCCUUCAAUUGGAGCAUGCAAACCCAAAGCGUGAUCCUCUCCUCGUUCUUUUGGGGCUACGUGGUGCUGCAGAUACCUGGUGGAGAACUGGCAGCUAAAUUCGGAGGAAAAAUCCUGGUCAUCAUUUCACUUGGUGUCAAUUCUGUUGUUUCCAUGCUCAUACCGUUAGCAGCUUAUUAUGGUGGAUGGCAGGCGGUGUGUGCUUGCCGUGUACUCCAAGGCUUAUCCCAAGGAUUCACGUACCCAUCCAUUCACAACCUUAUCGGGAAAUGGGUUCCUCUAGAAGAGAAAAGCAGAUUGGGCACCAUUAUUUACGCUGGUGGUCAACUUGGAACGGCUCUUCAACUUAUGGCAUCUGGUUUCAUAGCCCAGUAUUGGGGCUGGCCCGCCAUAUUCUACGUCAACGGUGCUUUAGGUGCCAUCUGGACAGCAUUCUACGUGUUCCUGGGCUCAGCUUCCCCUCAAACUAGCGGAAUGAUCAGUGAAGAGGAAAAAAUUUACAUACAGACCUCUUUGGGACAAGUUGGGGAACCAAAGAAAUUCAAGACGCCUUGGCUGACAAUAUUUACGUCAGUCCCCUUCCUGUCGCUGGCUAUCGUGCAUUGUUGCCAAGCAUGGGGCUUUUGGACUCUGAUGACGGAGAUGCCGUCGUACUUGAAGCAAGUUCUCGGAGUCGAUAUCAAAGCGAAUGGCGUCAUGUCGGCUUUACCUUACCUUGCUAUGUACCUGUUGAGUUUUCCAUUUGGUUUCCUCUCAGAUUACGUACUGAAGAAGGAGUUGAUCAGCAUCACUGCUACGAGGAAAUUUAAUAAUUCAGUUGGAUUAUUUGGACCGGCGAUAGCUCUAAUUGGCUUGUCAUAUUCACCGGCUGGUAACGUCACGAUGGCCGUUCUAAUUCUCACAGUGGUGGUUGGGUUGAAUGCUGGGCAUCUAACAGGCUUUAUGUUGGUGCACAUUGACAUGGCUCCCAACUUCGCUGGCACAUUGAUGGGCAUCACCAACUGUGUUGCCAAUAUUGUAUCGAUAAUUGCGCCCUUAGCCGCUGGAGCAGUACUGAAAGACGAAACGGACGCCAACGAGUGGCGCAAAGUGUUCUAUAUGGCUUCCGCAUUGUACAUCGUCGGUAAUCUGCUGUUUAUUUUCUUCGGGACCAGUGAGAGGCAGAAAUGGAACGAUGUCGAUGAAAAUGAGUCAAAGGAUACGACUUCAGAGCAGAGAAUAGAAAAAGUUGUAUAAUUACGAAGAUAUUAAUUAAAAAUAAAUAAUUAAUUUAAUAGUUAAUUGUGUAAUAUUUGUUAAUGUACCUGAUCACAAAUUUUA